GAGAGAGAGAGAGUGAGGGGAAGGAGCCUGCCUCCUCUCGCCAUUGCGAUAAUUGUCUCGCCGCUGCUGAAUCGAUGUCGGAGUAAAUGCUGCUCUAACGGGAGGCGAUCGCAGGAGAAGCGGGGGAUUUAACUUCACGCACACGGACGCGCGGACAAACCUAUGCGUGGAUUUCGGCUCUUCUCUUCCCCUUCGCCAAUGCAAAAGGAAAUAUGCAGCGAAGCUUCAGCAUCCUCUACACCAGUUUACUGGGGGUGUGCUUGGGUUCAAGCUCAAGUUUCCCAAGUAACAUCAAUAUAGGAGGAUUGUUCCCAACCGAAUCGCACGAAUAUGAGGUUUUUCGCUUCGCCCUCUCGCACCACCAGGACAUCCCCAAACUGGUGCCGCAGGUGGAUAUGGUCAAGAUGGGGAACAGCUUCUCCAUGACAUAUGCCUUUUGCUCCCAGUUCUCUAAAGGUGUGUACGCCAUCAUUGGCCUAUACGACAGAAAGACCGUCAACAUGCUCAUGUCCUUCUGUGGAGCGCUGCACGUGUGCUUUGUCACGCCUUCCUUCCCGAUCGAGACGGCCAACCAGUUUGUCAUCCAGCUGAGGCCUGAGCUGCAGGACGCUCUGGUGGGUGUCAUCGACCACUAUGGAUGGACCAAGUUUGUCUACAUGUACAGCUCAGACUCAGGACUGUCAGUGCUGCAAAAGGUCCUGGACACGGCAGCAGAGAGGAACUGGCUGGUGACCUCGGUUAAUGUGGAGACGAUGACGGAGGCUUCUUUUCUGAAAGUGUUCCAGGAUUUGGACAAGAGGAAGGAGGGCCAGAUUAUCAUCGACUGCGAGACUGAGCGACUCACGGGCAUCCUGAAAAAGAUUGUUGAACAAGGCAAGAAUGCCAAGAGCUAUCACUACAUCCUGGCUAACCUGGGUUUCCUGGACAUUGACCUGACAGACCUGAGGAAAGGUGGCGCCAACAUCACCGGCUUCCAGCUCGUCAACAACUCGGAGCCGAGCGUCAGCCGUGUCGUCCAGCAGUGGAUGGAGUUUGACAAUAAAGACUCCAAAUUGCCCAAGAGUGGACUCAAAUACACCGGCGCUCUAACGUACGACGGGGUGAAAGUCAUGUCCACGGCCUUUCAAAACCUAAGGAGACAGAGGAUAGACAUUUCUCGCAGGGGCAACGCUGGAGAGUGUCUUGCCAACCCGCCAGCUCCCUGGGGACAAGGCAUAGACAUCCAGAGAGCCCUGCAGCAGGUUCGUAUAGAUGGAUUGACUGGACACAUUCAGUUCAACGAGAAAGGUCGCAGAACUAACUACACCGUGAGUGUCAUGGAGCUGGCCCCAUCUGGACCCAAGAAGGUUGGCUACUGGAAUGAAGACGAGAAGUAUGUGACUACCGCCAGCUUCAUGAGAGGCAGCAACGAGACGUACGGACUCCAGAACAGAACUUACAUUGUCACCACUAUCUUGGAGUCUCCGUAUGUGAUGCUGAAGAAGAACCACGAGCAGUUUGUGGGAAAUGACAAAUACGAGGGCUACAUAGUGGAGCUGGCUGCAGAGAUAGCCAAACAUGUGGGAUACCAGUACAAACUGAAGAUAGUUUCAGACGGCAAGUACGGAGCCAGAGAUACUGAGUCCAAGAUGUGGAACGGCAUGGUGGGCGAACUUGUGUAUGGGAAAGCGGAUGUGGCUGUGGCUCCUUUGACCAUCACGCUGGUCCGAGAAGAGGUCAUCGACUUUUCCAAGCCCUUCAUGUCCCUGGGUAUCUCCAUCAUGAUUAAGAAACCCACCAAAUCCAAACCGGGUGUGUUUUCAUUCCUCGACCCCCUGGCUUAUGAGAUCUGGAUGUGCAUUGUGUUUGCCUACAUCGGCGUGAGCGUCGUCCUCUUCCUCGUCAGCCGGUUCAGCCCGUACGAGUGGCACGCCGAGGACUACGAGGAGGGAGGUGAGCCGCAGACUCCCACCCAAGCUUCAGCUUCUAAUGGAGUGCAGCAGGGCCAGACCCCAACACAGCAGAACACAAACCAGCAGAGCCAAGAGCAAACCAACGAGUUUGGCAUCUUCAACUCCCUCUGGUUUUCACUGGGCGCCUUCAUGCAGCAGGGAUGUGACAUCUCCCCACGUUCUCUGUCAGGCCGCAUUGUGGGAGGCGUGUGGUGGUUCUUCACCCUUAUCAUCAUCUCAUCCUAUACUGCCAACUUGGCUGCCUUCCUGACAGUGGAGAGGAUGGUGUCUCCUAUAGAAAGUGCUGAGGAUUUGGCCAAGCAGACAGAAAUCGCCUAUGGAACACUGGAUGCCGGCUCCACCAAAGAAUUCUUCAGGAGGUCAAAGAUCGCCGUGUUUGAGAAGAUGUGGUCCUACAUGAAGGCGGCCGACCCAUCCGUGUUUGUCAAGACCACGGACGAGGGCGUAAUGCGAGUCAGGAAGUCCAAGGGCAAGUAUGCGUACCUGCUGGAGUCCACCAUGAACGAGUAUAUAGAGCAGAGAAAACCCUGUGACACAAUGAAGGUGGGAGGAAACCUGGACUCUAAGGGUUACGGCAUCGCCACGCCGAAGGGCUCCCCUCUCAGUUUGCACACGUGUCACAGACAUGUACGUCUCCAUCAUGUCCAUUCCUUCUACUGAAGGCCGUCUUCGUGUGUGUCUGCACAUGUAUGUAUGCUGUUUGCCUCAUCAUAGCUGACUUGUGAGCAUGAGCACAAGUGUGAAGUAGGACUAUGUGAUUGUCCCACACUUGUUUUCCUGCUGCCCUCUAGCCUUCAUGAAUAUUUGGGUGGCGUCUUUAAAGCCAAAGCAUAAACACACACACAACAUGUAAAUGUCCCUCUCACGCCAGAAACAGAUUGCAGCUACAUGGACCAGAAUCCCAUCUGGCUACUUUCCCACUUGUGCCAGGCUCACACCUUGAGAGUGAAGUCAGCAGACCUGAAUUUAAAUUUGCAACAUUCAAUGUGAUAAUUGAUGUAAUGACUGAUAAUUCAUACUUGAUGAACCUCUAUCGCCAACGUCCAGUAGCAAGCAGCAGCUGUCAUUUCCCAUCCCAUUUACAUCCUAACCAAAAUCCCAUUCAAAUUUCUCCUACAACUACAGAGAGAGGCCAGGAGCUGGUGGCAUCUGAAGCUUUUAAUCUACCUCUAAUAGGCCUCAUUCAUUUUAAUGAAAGGAGCCAUAUGGGGAGAUUUCAUUCAAAGUCGCUGAGAAUUCAUUUGGCAUUUCACCUUGGUUUGCAGCCAAAGGUCAUAACACGGCGACAAGAAAUGCUUCCCAUGUUUGCUCAGGGGCUUCUUAUUAGAUUCAUGCGGUACAGCAAGUGAGUGCUCUGUUAGCAAUAUGAUAAAUGGUGAAAUGAAUCUGCUCCCAGGUCAUAUCAUCCAAUCACUGAAAACCUCCAGUGUAACAAUCGGAUAAGUUGUAUAAGUGCAGGGGAUUGCCACCAUCAUCUCCCUCUCUUUGUGUUAAUUAUUAACCGAGUGAUGUGUGUUAUUGUCGGGGAACCACUCGGUCCAUUCACUGAUGUCUGGUUCUGGGCGUCACUGGCGGAUGACACGUAUUGAUUAAGGAUCAGUUUGUGUGUUAAAGGAUGGGAAUACGAAUGAUCCAGAUGUUUUCUUUUAUGGUUGACAAGUCGUGCCGCUCACUCUCAAUCAGACAUGAGUGAAUGUCUUGUGAAUUCAAAGAGUUGAGUUCAGUUAAGCCUGCGAUGCACUUUACAUACUGUGAGUAUAAUGGAUGCUCUGAUCCGACAGAAACUCGCAGAAGUAAUUCUUGUGCUUAAGUAAACUCCCGUCACAUAAAAGUAAUUUGAAGUGGAAGAAAAACACGAGUAAGAGAAUAUAUGAAAAACACACAUACACAGUAGAGUGUAGUAGGUCAGAGUAUUACCGUCUUUGCUGUGCAGGCCUAACUGAAAUGUGCACUUUGAAAACAACGAUAAUCCAAUGACAUAACGGUGCAUUUUAAUUUCACAGGACUGUCUUCACGGAACACUUCCUGAUCAGUCUAUGCUCCUGACCUCAUUUCUUAAGCCUGAUUUGCACGCCGUCACUCGACGCGUUUGAUAAUGGUCGCCAGACAAAACUUAAUGAGUUAGUGUAGAAAGGUAACGAAGGCUCUUUCGGUUGCCAGUUUGCAUUCUGUCAUCCUUGAUCAGCACUGUCAGCUCGUUUAUUUGAAUCCAUGUCUGUGCUAAUUUUGUCUCAUGUUGACAAUGGAUGGAUUUGAUGAUGUUGUGGAUAUAAUUGAGGAGGGAGAGAUUUGGAAUUCACUUUUACCGAGAGGACCUGUCGCGCAUGGUGAAGACGGCGUUUUGGUCCAACAGGUGAAAGAUGAAACGUCAAAAGGAGACAUGUAGUACCAAUCAAACUGUGACAGUCUCGACGACACAAGACAAUUCUACACCACAUGAGGAAAAUGGCUUUUUCUGAUCAUUUCUGUCGCGCAUUCAAAAGUGUCGCGUGACGGAGUAUAAAUCAGGCUUUACAUGAGCGAUGUCCAUCCAACCCCCAUGCCUGCCUGACUAUUUUCUCCAUCUCACCUAACACGCAGUAGCCCUCCUGACAUCUGCUCCCCCGACACCAACUAACCAAACUAACCAAUGACCUGCAGGUCUCCAGAUCAUUCAUGUCCACUCACUUUGACUUCUUUCUUUCCAUCUGAGUUCACUGAGCCAAGAAAGAAUUCCGAGGUUUUACCAGCUCUGAGGAUACCUGUGUUCCCUACAGCUGUGUUGUGCACUUCACAUUCAGGGUAAAGACUCUUCUCUCGUCGGCUGCUGCGAAAGGCACAAUCUCACCAAACUAAACUGUUGCUGCACACAGUGACUUACGUAACCUCUACUUCUUUUGUUUGCAAAUCAGAUCUCAGAUUGUGCCUUUGGGUGAGUGGUGGAUGGGGGAAAGUCUUUGUUCCUGGUCAGUCAGCUAUAGGAAAUGCAUGCACGCACUCACCAAAGGGAGAGAGAGCAGCUUUUGAGGAGCUGCUUUGGAUGAGUUGGUUUUAGGACUCCAUACAGUUGGUCCCACAGUUUCCUUUUGGCUGUGAAAGUGAACCUGACAUUAAUUAAUCAACAUGGGUUUACAGUACACCAUUUAGGAGUUGAAUAUCGAGAGAUUGGUUACCAUAGCAACCUGCAUGCUGGUGCAACUGAAAGGAAAUUACCAUCUGUAGACAGACUUUCUUUAUCCAAAUCAUCUCCUUUUACAGUGUCUGCUCUGCCUCCCUCUGAGGCCCCUGCUUGGUAAAACCUUACUCUGCUCCUGUGUGGGUGCUCAGCAUUUCAGCCCCAACUAACAUAUAUCAGACAUGUGCAUCUGAAGCCAGUGCUUCUGCUUCAUACCAGUAGUUAAAAUGCAGGAGAGACUGAAGUAGAAAGUUAGUGUUGUCAUAAUCACCGCCACCACCACCAUGCG